AUUAACUAAGCAUUUAGGGUUUGAAUACGACGAAUAAUAUUACUGACAGCAUGGCAUCCACUGACGAAAUAUCGAAAAAUGACUUUAUGUUUUUAAAAACGGAUGUCUCAAGUUGGUAUGACAGCCAGGACUCAAGUAUUUCUAUGUUCAAAGUUUUGUUUAGAAAUAAGAUAAAAAAUGAAGAACUAUCAGAAAUUAAAGAUACAAUGGAGUUGUUGAAUAAAUUGGAGUACUCUGAUAAUUUGAACACAGCAGAUCUUACUCUUUUGUAUAACACCAUCAAGAUAACACAACAUUUUGGGUUAAUACGACGUAUCUCAAAACAUAUACCGGCAAACUCAUUGCCUGAUGUUAAGGAAAUGCCAAUUUCAGAAUUCAGUGAGCAAAGGCAAAAACUAAUGAAAUUUGGGUAUGUACUAACUAAAAAGGGUGUGAGGUUGAUUGAUGGAUUUUGUAAUACUCCUCUCAAGAAUUACAAAAACAGCUGGAGUAUGAUUAUUGAUCUAGAAGAAAGAGACAUUAUUAGUGAAGGCGAUGCUAUGAAGACAUUUAUUAGGAAUUUGGAAAAGCUUGAUCUUCCUCUGGCUGUGAAAGCAUUAAAUGAAGAGGCUGUACAGCACCCGAGACCAACUAAACCGAAGUAUGAAGAGGCUGAAAAGCACCCAAGACCAACUAAACCAAAGUCUGAAGCUACAAAUUCAAGGCCCAACAGCAAGCGACCAAACAAAACUGAGUCUCGAGACGAGCCUAAACCCAAAAUUACACGUGUUCAAUCCGAACCAAGUCCUGAAAUCACUCAACAAGAGUAUGUCCAACUAAAGUUUGUUGUGUCAAAGCACUGGAAAUAUGGAAGUCUUAAUAUGCUGAAAGUUUUACUAAGACAGUUUGGGUCACAAAUAGGUCAGGCAGAGUUACAGAACGCCAGCGAUGUAAUGGGUUUACUUAGAUUAUUGGAGGGAGUAGGUGUGGUCAACCGUUCAAACCCUGCAAUCAUCUUUGAAGCUGUUAAAAUUUCUGGCCUUGAGGGGGUAGAAUCAGAGAUAAAAAAAAUUGGUCCUAUAUUUGAAAGUUUUACACUUAAAAAUGUGAAAAUACGCAUAUUUUCCCGUUAUCGUCAAAAACUGAUCAAAUUUGGCAAAAUAUUAAAAACGUCUUCUGUUAAGACGAUUGGUGAAAUGCACGAAAUUGAUGAGAGUGUACACAAAGGGGAUCCGUGGAUUUUAAUAUGUGUACUGGAAGAAAAAAAUGUAAUCAAACAUAAUUCAGCGAAGGAAUUUGUUGAAUUAUUAAGGAAGUUCGAUAUGAAUGAUGAAGCGGCUAUAUUAGCCUAAGCUGAUUGUACAUCACUAAAGUGAUACUUAUGGCGUACUAUUUAAAAUAUAGAAAACAUUUCCUGAAAUAAAUCAGCUUUAUAACAAUUUUAUGUUGAAACACAAACAGAAUGUAUAUAAUCAUAGCCCGUUUUUUAGUGUUGUGUUAUGUUUAAUGUAGUAGUACCUGCGUCAGUGAUUUUUCACGUGUGUGUAAGCCUAUGUUGCAUUACGUUUUGUAAUAAUUGUGUGAAUAUUUUCAAUAAAAAACAAUUGUUUAUAGUUGAUUUGAAACAGGCUUAAUAGAUAGAGUUAAGAAGGUAAAACACUAAGCUGUAUACGAUAUCGAAUAUAUGAAAAGUGUAGGCUGCCGGCACAUUGCCUCUGACGAUUAGUGCUAACAAAUUUUCACAAACACGUGAUGCAAUAAUGGCAAAAUUAUUAUUUUUUAUUUUCGCUAAAUAUUUCAUCCGCUCCAAAUUGCUUUCCUAUUCUUCUUUCUUUGUAUGCAUCUUCCAUAUUUUCGUUAAGUUUAAUUAAUUUUUAUUUUUCUUAAUACAAAUUUAAGCAUAAUACUUACAGUAUAUAAAUAUAAAUUUAUAUGUAUAUCAUAAUAACCGACAGAUUUUUUACACAUACAUUAUUAAUUAUUAAAAAAAAAAUAAAACUCUUAACAUUUAAGGGCUGGUCUCUAUAUACUUGUUCUAUAGUUAACAUAAUACAAUCUUUGUUCAAUUGAAAGUCGUAGAUAUGUCCUGCUCUUGACCGCCCUAGAGUCACUCUCAGAUAGGCUUAUCUUCAUAUGACUUCUAUGAAUGGAUACUUGGCUCAAAGCAAGAAAUCAAGUUGUCUUUACCCAGUACCGUACGUGUUUUUAUCGGCGGGAAAUUUUAUAACUAUAUUAACUAUGUUUCUCAGUGUGUUAAUAUUUUAUUCAUUAACUAAUUAUUACUGUAUAUUUUAGUCAGUGUUUUUCAAAUAACUAUGUUCUCAUUUAAGCUCCCUUGCUGCGAUGUGAAUAAGUAAACCUGAAUAUAUUGAUUGAUUGAUUUAUUGAUUGAUUGAUCGACUGACUGAAUUACUGUCUGACUGAUAGAUUUAUUGAUUUUCUUUAGUUUUUCUCUCUUAAAAUUCUUAUACAGUAUUUGUAAUGUUUUAUUUAUUGGACAGUAGUUUUGACUGAACUUUCAUAAUUGCUUUAGCUGAUUUGAAAGAGGCCUAUAAGAUUUGGAAGUUAUAAGUUUAAGCUGUAGCGAAAUAUUCGUAACAGUUUGAUUUAAACAGAAAUUGAUUGAUUGAUUGUAUUUUUUGUUUUGCUUGAUUAUAAUUUUUAGUAAUGGAAUUUAAUUCUCAAUGUGCUAAUAUUUCAUUCAUAAACUAAAUUGUACAAUAUUUUAAAGUUAGUGUUUUUCUAAUGAAUUUUCUCUCAAUUCUGAGCUCUCUUGCUGCAAACGAGCAAUUUUAUGUACAUAUAUUUUUUAUGUAAAUAAAUAAGCCUGAAUAUAUUCAUUGAUUGAUUGGUUAGUUGAUUGAUUGAUUGAUUGGGUUAUUGAAUGAUUGAUUAAUUGCUGACUGACUGACUGAUUGUGUGAUUAAAAUUCUUAUAUUUUGUACCGUAAUCGUUUAUUUAUUAGACAGUAGUUUAGAUUAGACUUUCUUCGUUGCAUGUUUGAUGUUUUCAUACUGUAUAUGUAUGAAGAAUGGAAGAAUGUAAAUGUUUCUUUAAAUUGAAUUGAAUUGAAAUAGAAAAAAAAAUGUUAUUGAGCUUGACAUAGUUACCACGA